AGGGGUUAUGAGGGGGCGUGGCGUCGCCUUGCUGGACCACGCCCCCCAUUGCUGAUUGGUGUCGGCCGGCAGCACCGAAGGCCGUCGGUGCGCGUGGAGCGGGGGCGCGGCCUCGUCCGUUCCCUCGCUCGCCCAUUGGGUGCGUCGCGAAGUGCCGCUCUCCGAUUGGCCGCGACGCGCCGUUAGGGCGCCGCCAUGUGGAAGCGCGGGGAGCCAGCGCUGAGCCGGGCGGAAGCGCUGUCCUUGGGCCGGGCCGGGACCGGGUACGGUGCAGCGGGGCGGGGGUGGCGGCACGCCUGCCACGUCCUCCUGUACGCCCCGCUCCCCGCCGCCUCCCCUCCGCCGGGAUACGCCGUGCUGAUGCAGCUCCGGUUCGACGGGCGGUUCGGCUUCCCGGGGGGGCUGGUGGAACCCGGCGGGGAGUCACUAGAAGCCGGGCUCCAACGGGAGCUACGGGAGGAGCUGGGCCCGGCGGCGAACGGGCUCCGUUUGCGGCCCCGCCAUCACCGCGGCGCUAAGGUUUGGGGGACGGUGGGCGAGGCCGGAAGCGGAAGUGACGCCGGGCUGGUGACGCAUUUCUACAUCCGGCGGAUAAAGAUGGCGGAGUUGGAGGCUAUCGAGAGGGGAGGCCCGACGGCGCCGGAGCACGGGCUGGAGGUGCAGGGGUUGGUGCGCGUCCCCCUGGGCGAGGGGCUCCCCGCUUUCCUGCGGCAUCGCUUCGCCGGCGACGCCCGCGAGCAGCUCCUGGGGGCCCUCCCCACCCUUGGGAUCCAGCCCCCCCCCCUCCAGGACGAGGAGCCCCCUCAAAUCUAGGGGGGAGGGGAGGGAAUGACCUAAUGGAAUAAAGCCACCCCAAAACGCUCCCCUUUUUGACGCCAUCACCGGCUAUGGGGGGAAUUUGGGGGUUCAGCAGA